AUGUACAGCCAAGUCGAGCACCCUGCUGGAGGCUACAAGAAGCUCUUUGAGACCGUGGAGGAGCUGUCUUCUCCAGUGACCGCCCACGUCACAGGCAGGAUCCCCACCUGGCUGCGAGGAAGCCUCCUGAGAUGUGGUCCUGGCUUGUUCGAGGUGGGCUCAGAGCCCUUCUACCACCUCUUCGACGGGCAGGCCCUGCUCCACAAGUUUGACUUCAAGGAGGGGCACGUCACCUACCACCGAAGGUUUGUCAGGACCGACGCUUACGUGAGAGCCAUGACUGAGAAAAGGAUCGUGAUAACGGAAUUCGGCACCUACGCCUACCCGGACCCCUGCAAGAACAUCUUCUCCAGGUUCUUCUCAUACUUCAAAGGCGUGGAGGUGACAGAUAACGCCCUCGUCAAUGUCUACCCCGUUGGGGAAGACUACUAUGCCUGUACUGAGACCAACUUCAUCACCAGAAUUAACCCAGACACCCUGGAGACAAUUAAGCAGGUGGAUCUCUGCAAAUACGUGUCCGUCAACGGGGCGACGGCUCAUCCCCACAUCGAGAACGACGGGACCGUCUACAACAUCGGCAACUGCUUUGGCAAAAACUUCUCCCUGGCCUACAACAUCAUUCGGAUCCCUCCACUCCAGGCAGACAAGGAAGACCCAAUGAACAAGUCGGAGGUGGUGGUGCAGUUCCCUUGCAGCGACAGGUUCAAGCCCUCCUAUGUUCACAGCUUUGGGCUGACCUCCAACUACAUCGUGUUCGUUGAAACGCCGGUGAAGAUCAACCUCCUCAAGUUCCUCUCCUCCUGGAGCCUCUGGGGAGCCAACUACAUGGAUUGCUUCGAGUCCAACGAAACCAUGGGGGUCUGGCUCCACGUGGCUGAGAAGAAGAAAGGCCGGCUCCUCAACAUCAAGUACCGCACCUCGGCCUUCAACCUCUUCCAUCACAUCAACACCUACGAGGACAACGGGUUUCUCAUCGUCGACCUCUGCACCUGGAAGGGGUUCGAGUUCGUUUACAAUUACCUCUACCUGGCCAACCUACGAGCCAACUGGGAGGAGGUGAAGCGGCAGGCGGAGAAGGCGCCGCAGCCGGAAGCCCGGCGCUACGUCCUGCCCCUCAACAUCGACAAGGCUGACACGGGGAAGAAUUUGGUCACCCUGCCCUACACCACGGCCACGGCCACCCUGCGCAGCGACGAGACGGUCUGGCUGGAACCAGAGGUCAUCUUCUCGGGGCCACGCCACGCCUUUGAAUUCCCACAGAUCAACUACAAGAAGUACGGCGGGAAGCCCUACACCUACACCUACGGGCUGGGCCUCAACCACUUUGUCCCUGACAGGCUUUGCAAGCUGAAUGUUAAAACCAAGGAGACCUGGGUGUGGCAGGAGCCAGACUCGUACCCCUCGGAGCCCAUCUUCGUCUCCCACCCCGACGCCCUGGAGGAAGAUGAUGGGGUGGUGCUGAGCAUCGUGAUCAGCCCAGGCGUGGGGCCGAAGCCUGCCUACCUCCUCAUCCUCAGUGCCAAGGACAUGAGUGAGGUGGCCAGGGCUGAGGUGGAGGUGAACAUCCCCGUGACCUUCCACGGACUCUUCAAGAGAGCCUGA